AUGCUGCCUUCGAUCAGUUGUCUUUUCUUGAUCUUUUUUUGGAUUGAGAACUCACAUGAAUCUUGUCAAUUUCUUGAACAGAUACGAGAUGUUGAGGUGCGAGGAUCAAUCGACGGUCUUGGACAGCACAGACAAUGGGAAAUUCGCUCAAAAGUUGCAUCGCUCAAUCGUUUCACCGAGUGUCGUCUCGGCUACGAAUUAGAGGUGCCCAAAGGAGCAUUCCUUGAUUUGGACACAAUAAACUCUUCACUUCCUCGUCAUUUUCUUUUCUCGAAUCAUCGUUUCAAUGUUGAGGCGCCCGCUGAGAGAUCUCGAGCACAUAAAAUCUAUCUUGUGGGAAAGAAAAUCUUCCGAAAGACGUUUAUUCUCGAGGAAACUCUUUCCUUUCCACUUCAUUUUCGAUAUCAAGCUGCAAACAAAGAUGGAAAAUCAGCAACAGUCUCCUUUCCGCCACCAAAACUUUUAAUCGAUUGUCCAGAGGAUUAUCGAGUGUGGAAAUUAGAGACUUGUGUCGGUCAACUGCGUGCAUUAAGGGGUGUUGGAGUGGCGACCGAUGCGCCGACUUGGCUUUCCCUUGUGACAACAAAUGGUUGGAGAUCGCCAAUUAAAAUCAUGAUUCUCACUGGUAACACAACUUUCAUUCCACUUGUCAUCAUGGCAACGAUUUUCGUCGUUUUUAUUUCACUUAUCUUACUUUUCACGGGCUCAAAUGAAAAUAGUCAUAAGAAAGAUGAA